GCCCCCCCCCACCCCACACUCACUUUCUCUCUCUCACUCCGGUUCUCCACGACCUCGCGAGACUUCGGCCGCUUUGCCGGUGUGACGCGCUGGAAAUAAUUUGAAAAUGGCCGCCGCGCCUAGCGGAGGAGAGAGGCUCGAAGAGAAAUCAGAAGACCACGAGCAGGCUGGACAAAGGGAGAAGCUGCUGAAAGUGAAGAAACACAAGAAAAAGGAGGAGCGAGAUGAUGAGAAGCACCGAGAAGCCCAGCCAGCCGAAGCUCUGGUCCCUGAGCCGGCCGACGGUAACAAAGCCGAGACAGCAGAGCAAGAGGGAGCGGUCGCGGCUACCCCUUCCACUCCAAAGCCAAGGCGCUCCCUGAUUCGAGACCGGGGCCCACUGUACGAUGACCCCACGCUCCCUGAGGGCUGGACGCGGAAGCUGAAACAGAGGAAGUCGGGACGAUCGGCGGGAAAGUACGAUGUGUACAUUAUCAACCCACAAGGAAAGGCGUUCCGUUCCAAAGUGGAGCUCCUGGCACACUUCGAGAAGGUUGGCGAUACCACCCUCGACCCCAGUGACUUUGACUUCACGGUCACAGGCCGAGGGAGCCCCUCAAGGAGAGAGAAAAAACCGCCCAAAAAGCCAAAGAGCCCCAAGUCGGCUGGCACAGGAAGAGGGCGGGGCAGGCCUAAAGGCAGCGGCAAGGACAAGAGGGUGCAGAAAGGCGGCCCGUCGAAAAGAUUGUCGGACAAAAGCGCGGCAAAGCUCCUGGUUAAAAUGCCUUUCUCGGCUCCCCUGCUGCAGAAAGCCGAAGGAGCCACGUCUUCCACGGAGCAGCUUCCAAAGGUGCGGAAGGGCGGCCCCGGCAGGAAGAGGAAGUCUGACGUCGAGCCCAAGGCUGUCCCGAAGAAGAGGGGCAGAAAGCCGGGCGGGGCCAGCGUGGUGCCAGCCGUCAAGAAGAAAAUCAUCAAGGAGUCUUCCAUCAAGCCUGAAGAAGUGACUGUUUUGCCAAUCAAAAAGAGAAACCUGGGGGAGGAGAGUUCACCCCUGAAAAAGAGAAAAAGUACACGCAUCUUCGAGGAGGACACCAGCAUACCAGUGGUGGGAAGCUCGAUAGUGAAGGAAAGCACCCAACCCGAACACUCAGUGGUGGAUGCUGGCGAGAAAAGUGGGAAAGGACAGAAAAGCAUUAAAAGUGUGAUUCACAAGGCAAGAGAGGGGAGCCCAAAAGGCCGGAGCGUCAAGAAGGAGCCCCCUCACCCUGCUGACCCCAAGGAGCCGGAGCUGAAGGAGGUGACUGCUCAAGAGGCGGAGAGCUCCAAGGACAGGAGGAGCCCCUCAGAACCCAAAGACUUGAGCACCAGAGCGUGCGCGGAGGAGAAGCCUCCGCGAAGCAGACCCGAGGCUGACCUGUUUCCAAAGGAGCCCUCAAAGACUGAGCUUGCAGAGAAGGGCAAACUGAGAGGCGAGGGUGAUCAGAGGGGCGUCAUCUCGACCGUGCCGAGGCCGAGCAGAGAAGAGUCGGCAGAUACUCGGGCGACCGUUUCAGAGAGAGUUAGCUGACUUUGAUAGGAAGAAGGAAAAAAAAUGAACGAGGCAGCUGUUGUGUCUUUUUCUCCUUGUGAGUAGGGCUCUAACGAAGGCUUUCCAGAGCAGUGAUGCUGAACCUCGAAGCUUAUCUGGGGCAAGAGUUAAUUUCUAAUUUCUUCCUUGAAGUGUUUGCAUCUGUUAGGUGGUCAAAUGUUCAGUCUGUCUUUGUGUUUUGUUCGGCCCUCAAAAAGAUAGCGAACGAGAGGUUGCCCCUUCCCCACCAUCCUCCUCCUUCCCUCCUCCCAUUCAGAAUAAAAUAAAAAGGAAAAAGCUCACUGUGCCUUCUGUGAUCUGGUCACAGAGUCCACCUUCAGUCAGUAGGAUGUUAGUGACACCUACCCGCUGCCCCCCUCCCCCCCCCCACCACCUGCAACCCCAAGUUGCUAAGGUCUUAGAUCAAUGCACCCCUGAACUCCUCGGCCCAAUUUGAGUUUGAUGUUGAACCCACAGAGUCCGUACUGUCGGGGUGGGGAGAAAAUUGGUGCACUGAUGCUGUUGUACCCUUUAAAUGCCUGUCGCCGGCUUGUCACGCUGCAGUCCUUGCUAGCUGUGCGACUGACAUCUGGAGGCAGGCGACCAAUAAUGCACCAACCUUUUUUUUUAAGUUACACCGAUGCGCUCGUUGGAUUUGAGACACCUUGGAUCCUUUUCUGCGGUGCCCUGAUUGGAGAAUCAGCCGUCCAUUGUGCGCUGAGGCACUCGACAAGGCAUGUUGCUCGUCCCCAAUCACUUGAGUAGUGGACGGCCCAUUUGGUGAACGGGCACGAGUGUGAGACACAUGGUCACUCAUGUCCACCAACCUCAGCCGAGGGACUUUUACAUGUUGUGUUGGACCUGAGAUUGAAGAGAGCACAUCCUGUUAAAUAAGCCCGCCUUUGACGUGGGGGUGCCCUGUACCCUCAACUGUGCUUUUCUGCACUGUAAUAGAUGAGGGCACAGAGCAUUCCAGCUGUGGCGAAGGUGGAUAUUGUGCCAAUGAAUACAACCUGAACCGUGUAGAGUUAAGAGAAAGACGCCACCUGGCUUGCCCACUCUACUGCCCCUGAGUGAACCAAGACAACUGCGCACCGGCUCAACUUGUGAAAUUAGUGAGGAUGUGCACAAUGGCGCUGGACUUUUGAGGCAAAAUGUACGGCAUAGUGAGACAUUGUUGAGCCCAGCCUGGUUUAGGGAAUGACUGGCACUGAAACUACCCUGGAGUGCUCUUUGAACCCUAGAGUGAAGGUUGCCAAUUCUGCCGGCUGUCGGUGCAGAACAGGGCUGGGGGGUGGGGGUUGUGGGAGAGGGGAGGAGGACGAGGGUGAUAUCCUAUUUUUUAAAAAAAAUUCUCCCUUGUGUGGAGAGGGACCCUGACCAUGAAUAGUGUGUUCUGUCUAGAUGGGCCAGGGUACAUUAUUGUGCUCGUCAAAGGCCCCAAGAGCUUCACGAGGAGUUUUGGGGCGGGGGCAACCUUUUAUUUUUCGACAAUGAGGCUUUUCCCUUCGAUUUUUAUUUUAGUAAGACUGAUGAUGAUGAGGGGGACAGAAUUAUGCAGCAAGCUUUUAAAACCAUGGGAGCCCUUUAGAUGAUUAUGCACUGCUCAUCGAUUUCCCCAGUGUUACAGAUCUUGCAAAAUCAUGCAACCGUGUAUACCUUUUUAAAUCCACCAGCUCUUGGGUGACGCUCGAAGAUGAACACCCUUGCGCGCGCUCUCUCCCGCUAAAUUGUAGACUAGACCCUCUUCGUAAACCUGGCCAUCCGCGGGUUGCCCUGUUAUUGAUCAAGCUCAUGACCCUUGUUUCUUUAAAUUGUGUGCGGAAUACUCUGAAUAAAACCCCCUUCGACCUUGGUUUUAGAAAUUCAGCCUUACUGCACUUCUGCCCAGUGGAAAAGUUGCUCUUUCUGGUUUGUGGGCGGUGAGAGGAAUAAAUGGCGUGCUUGGGGGGGGAAGAUUUAAAAAAAAUAUCCAAAAAUGACCAACUUUUUUUUUAUACACCUAUAUAUAGGACACGUAGAUGAGUGGAGUAUAGUUCCCAAGAUAGUGUUCUGUCUACUUCCCACAUUAGACUGUUGUUUCGAUAUCAUGUGUCCGGGCGAGAGCAAAGCCUGUGCUUCCGCUGUACUACGUUAAGGGUUGCAAACACUUUGAAACACUUUCUGUAUCCUGGCGUUGAUACAACCAAUCUGGUUUCCACAUCCCAUCUUUCCGCUGAGCUGGCUAUGAACUGUCUGCUAGCCUUGAAUCUUAUUCUUCCCGCUUGCACUGUCAACUAGAGGAUUUUACUGUACUGUAAGCUGUCCUUUAUAUCGUAAUAUUAUUUAUAUCUUAAUAGUUUUGAUUGUGUUUUUUUUUUAAAAGAAAAACAAAGUAUGAUCUGGUUAGGCUGCCUGAAAUCUGCAGGAUGCCCUACGUUUCCAAACAUUUGACUGACUUUUUUUCAAAAUGGCACCGGCAGCUCGAGCUGAUUGAAGAGUUAAAAAAAAAAAUGAAGGCUGAGGUCCAGUUGUUCUUUUAGGGAUAACGCUGGGCUGCUGCUGCUGACGAGGGAGCCAGGGGUGGUGGGGUAAGGACUGAGUUUUACCCCGCCUCAGUAGCGGGCUUUGGCAUCUCCGGUUUCACCGAAUGUUUUGUUAAAAUAAAAUUUAAAAAAUU